AUGGAAGGUUCAGGGAAGGCAGGGCCUUCAAGGCCUAAAAAUGCGAAGAAAAAGACGAAAACACCAAACGCUGUAAAACUUCGAAGGCUAACGGAGAGGCAGAAGAUCGACGCUCUAGAAAAAUCUGUUCAGGAAUAUGAACCGCCACCAGACCUUUCUGCGUUUGCAGAUCUGCCGAUUUCUGAACAGACAAAACGAGGCUUGAAAAAGGCAUCGUUUGUCAAAAUGACGGAUAUCCAGGCCAAAAGUAUACCAUUGUCCCUCAAGGGAAAGGAUGUUCUUGGAGCUGCGAGAACAGGAAGUGGAAAGACCCUUGCGUUCUUGAUUCCGGUACUGGAAGUUCUAUAUCGACGGAAAUGGGGCCCAACGGAUGGACUGGGAGCGCUUAUCAUUUCGCCUACGCGAGAACUGGCUGUUCAAAUCUUCGAGGUUUUGCGCGCGAUUGGACCUUUCCAUUCGUUUUCAGCAGGCCUGGUUAUUGGUGGGAAGAACUUGAAGGACGAACGGGAUAGGCUAUCUCGGAUGAACAUUUUGGUGGCUACUCCUGGACGAUUGCUCCAACACAUGGACCAAACGGUGGGCUUUGACACCGAUAACCUACAAAUGCUCGUCCUGGAUGAAGCCGACCGGAUAUUGGACAUGGGCUUCCAGCGUACCCUAUCCGCUCUCCUCUCACAUCUCCCAAAAUCUCGACAAACUCUCCUUUUCUCCGCAACCCAAACGGAAUCCGUUAGCGACCUCGCAAGACUGAGUCUCAAGGACCCAGAGUACGUCGGUGUAAAGGAAGCGGGAUCCUCUGGAAGCUACAUUCCCGAUUCACUCGAGCAACAUUAUGUUAUUACCGAGCUCGACAAGAAGUUGGAUGUUCUCUGGAGCUUCAUCAAAACACACCUUCAAUCCAAAGUCCUGGUCUUCCUCUCGAGUUGCAAGCAGGUUCGAUUCGUCUUCGAAACUUUCUGCAAGAUGCACCCCGGUGUCCCACUGCUCCACCUCCACGGCAAGCAGAAACAAACUGCCCGACUGGCUAUGUACACCAAGUUCACGUCACACUCUCAUGCUGUGAUGUUCGCCACGGAUAUCGCUGCUCGGGGUCUCGACUUCCCAGCUGUGGACUGGGUCGUGCAAGUGGAUGCUCCAGAAGAUGCUGAAACCUACAUUCACCGCGUUGGUCGAACAGCGCGCUACGAAAGUAAAGGCAAGGGUCUACUCUUCCUAUGCCCUAGCGAAGAAGAGGGUAUGACUUCUGCCUUGACCAAAAAGGGCCUCACAGUCCAGAAAAUCAAAAUCCGCCAAAGCAAGACUCAAAACAUCCAACUCCAGCUGCAGAAACUCUGCUUCGAAGACCCUGAAAUCAAGUACCUGGGCCAACGGAAAGGUGCUAAUGGCAACCGUGAACAGGCUUUCGUCUCCUAUCUUCGUUCGAUCUACCUUCAGAAGAAUAAGAGUAUCUUCAAGCUCGACGCUCUUCCUGUCGACCGCUACGCCGAAUCGCUUGGCUUGCCAGGAACGCCGAAGAUCAAAUUCCUGAACCGUGAAAUUGCCAAGGCAAAGAAGAAUGCUUCACGAGAGGUUGCUGCUAUCCAGGAAGUCGAAUCAUCGUCUGAGGAAGAGUCUGGUCCAGAGGAAAGUGGAAGUGAAAGCGAGGACGAAAGCGAGCCCCAGGAUUCUGAAGAAGAGCAAGACGGAAAGGCGACUCUUCCAAAUACCGCCAACCGUAAUGGAGUCCGAACGAAGUACGACAGAAUGUUCCAACGCAAGAACCAAAAUGUUCUUUCGUCACAUUACAACAAACUCGUCGAGCACGACGCGUUUGGUAACGACGACGCCGAUGGAGACGAGUUCAUUACGCUUAAACGCGCCGACCACGACCUUCCAGACGAGUUGAAAGAGCAGGACCUCAAGGAAGACCUUUCGAAGCGAAAGCAGAAACUCAGUCGAGCGAAGAAGCUCCUUGCUACCCAAGGCAAUAACACCAAACUCAUCUUCGACGAUGAAGGGCGGGCUCGUCAGAUAUAUGAGUUGGCGGAUGGAGAAGAGUGGAUUAAGACAAAAGGUGGUAUUGAAGGUGUACAGGAGGAGGGUAAGAAAUUCGCAGCUGAGGAGAGGGCAAAGAUAGAAAUAGCGGACGUGGUGGACAAAGCGGAAGCUAGGGAGAAGAAGAGGGAGAAGAAGAGAAAGAGGAAGGAGAGGGAACGGAUGAUGAAUGGAGACGACACCGGUGGUGCACCUAUGGCUUUCAUCGCGCCUCCCUCUGAUGGUUAUGAAUCGCCUGAAUUCGACCUCCCCGAUUCCGACAGCGACAGAUCACCUUCCCCUGCACCACCUACCAAACGCUUCAAGACCGCGAAUGACGCUGCCGAUCGCAGUAGCAGUAACCCUAGUACAGCUAUUGCUGAUACUGGAUUGGAAGACGAAGAAGAGUUGGCGCUUCGGCUACUGCGGAAACGGUAGUGUCAAUGCGUUGCGCGUCUUUAUCUCUUCUUCCCUGUUGUCGACUUCACUCGUUGUUCAUUCUAGGCACAUAGUUACAUACUUUGCUAAUGCAAUUUGUCGCAUUAUCUCUGCGAA